AUGGAGGCGACAAGCAUAGGACGAAGAAGAAGACCGCGCAACGCAUCGGAAGAUCGUGGGCUGACAGAUACCGAAGAUGAAUCAGAAGAUGAGCAGCAGGAGGAGGUGGGAAGUGAUGAGGAGGGGCUGGACUACCUGCAGCUCUUUGCUGCCGCCAUCUCCGCGCUCCGAGACGAGGAAAAAGAUGAUGAAGGAGCAGAGGAAGAGGAAGAAGAUGGGGCGCAGAAGGUGAAACGGCGACGGUUGGUGCAGCCGCUGGAGGCGGCCUAUGCACACUUCGAACAGCAGGACGCUCACCUGCAGCAAGCUGCCGCCUUUGGCAAAAUGCUGUUGGAGAAGAACAAGCAGUUGGAAGAACAGCUGGAGGUGUACCAGAAUUCUUCGAUUCUCAACGAAUACCAGGACAAGGCAUGCUCGCUCACACCCAGGUUCACGCAUGCUCAUCUGUCGCUGACCGCUAAUAAUAUCCGCAUGCAGCAGGAAAAGAUAUGGGAGUUGCAAGCCCAGGAGGAAAACGUACGCACCGAACUAGAAGAACUCAAGGUGGAACUGAAGGUGAAGAAAAGGAUGUUGAAUUCUAAAUCCCGUCUGGCCGAGCAACUCGAGGCCAAACUGUGGGACUACAUCCAAAAGAUCGAAAAGGAGAAGGAGAGCAGAGACAACGAGGAGAACAAAAAGAUGAAGAAGGAGAUGGAACAGCGGGAAAAGAUGCGUCGCCUGUCGGACGAAGUGGAGAACUACAAGGAGGAGCUCAAGGAGGCCAAGAGUGAGAGCGAGCGACUGCGCAAGCAGGUCACCAACCUGCUCGACAAGCUGAGCACGUUCCGGGGCGAUCUCACGCGCGAACGCGAACGCAAGUCUCGGUCGAACUCCUUCUCGCGUCGUCUCACUUCGUUCUUUGUCUCAAAGAACGAAAACGGUGAAGCGAUUGGGGAGAACGAAGACGACGGCGACGGCAGCGACUGCGAGAGCCACGGCAGCUACAGCUACGACAGUGAUGCCGACGUCAGCAGCGCCCCUGGAUCGCGACGACAAAGUGGGCGCGGUCGGCAGCAGCUGCUAGCGGUGUCGACACACGAUGGCAGCGAUGGUGCGGUGGUCGAGCUCAAGGAGAAGACGCAGCGCGCCAAGCAGGAGAACGAGAGCCUGCGGCGGGAGCUCAGCGCGCUGGCCGAGGACCACUCGCGCCUGCGCGAGUCGGUCACCGCCAUGCGCGACCACGAGCGCCGGCUCGAGAAGGAGCGCAAGCGGGAGCGGAAGCUGCUGGCCCAGGCCCAGCAGACCAUCGAGGAGCUCAAGCUCCGCAUCAUCGACGCCCAAUUGCUGUCGUCGACGACAACGCCGGCCUCGCCGCCGUCCACGCCCUUGCCCUCACACAAGCUGCCGCUCUCCUAUUCACUCCCGUCCACCCCCUUCUACUCCACUAGUCACCCGCACCCACCCGCGGGCGCCGUUCACGCUUCGCCGCUGCCCGCCCCAUCGACGCCGCAGACCUACCACCACCAUCAGCCGUUGCAACAUCAGCAGCAGACCUUCUCGCCUCGACCACAGUACCAGCAGUCGCAGCAAACGUUCUCGCCGCGUCCGCAGUACUACCAUGAACAGCUCACAGUGCCAUCAUCGCCGCCGGCGCUGUUCGCCGAGCUCCAGCAGCAGGAGGCGAUCGAGCGCAGCGUGCGGGACGAGCUCGCCGCGAUCGAUGAUAUCCUACUGGGCGACGAUGACGACCUCGGCCUCGGCACCACCGCCGUCGCUCCCCCGCGCAUCGACAACACGAUCACAUCAGCCACUACGCCCGCGUCCGCGCCUGCAGCGCCAACACCUGCCUCCGCGCCGGCGCCACUGGCCAGCGGCGAGGCCCUGUUGGUCCCCACGCCGCGCGCAGCGCUGACGCCUCGUUCGGCGUCCAUGCCGGCGUUGGCAUCGUCGUCGUCGGGUGCCGAGGACAAGGACAAGCGGGUCUGGGUGGUGGCCGAGGGCCAGCGAGGCCGCGGCAGCGACAACGCUGGAGAGGGAGGUGCCAAGGCCGCCGAGGCCGAGGGCGCGGAGACUGAUGUCAGCGCUGAACUCGGAAGUGGUGGCACAACGAAGCGGGCGAGCGACGGCCGACUAUUCAUCUUCGCCGAGGAGCUCGAGAAGAAGGUCGUGCAGAAGUUUGUCUACGAUGAAGAGGAAUUGAAGGCAGGGCUGCAGGAGGAGGUGGAGGCGUGCGUCGCCGACUUUCUGGCGAAGCGCGAGCAGGAGCUGCAGGCCAUCCAGCCCGCCGUACUCAAGGAGCGCCGCAAGCGCGCCCUGUCGUGCGAGCGCGACGACCUGCUGCUCUUCUUCGGCGUCUUUCUCACCGCCGCCGCCAAGUCGGACGACACCGCGAUGCUGCUGCCGGCCGACUCGACGAUCGUCGGCAGCAGCAGCAGCGCCGAUGGCGACGAAGACAGCGACGACCAGGACGGUGUCGCUGAGGGCGACGGCGAAGAAGACGAUGGCUGGUGCAUCCUCGACGAGUGGCGGACGGGCCGUCAGAAGCGAACGAGCGCGAACGGCAAUGCGGGCAAGGUGGUCGAAUCGCUGAACAACGCCGCCGGAGCCAGCACCGACGUCGGUGUGAGCGUCAGCACCAGCAGCAGCGGUACGCGGUCGCGCAUGGGCAGCAUCAGCAGCAGUAGCGGCGUCUCGCUGGGCAGCAUGGAGGGCAAGUCCGUCGCCGCGGUGCAGACGUGGGUGAAGCACAUCCCGUUCGACUUUGGCGCGACGAAGCGACAGUCCUCGCGUGAGGAGAACGAAUUCGUCGCCGCCGCCACCACGACCACCUCCUCCGCUACGCCAUCACCACAGCCCACUCCCUUCGCACCACCGACAUCCGGCGCCGACUUGGACGAGGAGCUGGCCAUAGUCGAGGCCGCGAUCUCUGGCACGCCCAGGGCGACGGCCACGCCCGCGAUAAUCGAGACAACGACGACGACGGCAACAGCGCUCCAGCAGCUCAUGACAUGUCGCGGCGAGGCAGCGGUAACGCUGCCGGUGGGCGUGAGCGAUGAGGAGCGCGAGCGGAUACGGGCGGAGAUGGCGCGACUCAACGGACAGCUGGCGGCGCGGCGGAAGGAGGUGGAGGAGGCCCUGCGGCCGAUCGUGGCCAUCGUGCCCGCCACCACCGUCAACGCCCGCUAUACGGCCCACACCGUGACCGGUCCUUCCAUUUCCUCGAUCUCGUCCUCUACGACUGAUCACCAUCUCGAAUAA